UAUAUUGAAAUGACAACAAAUGAUUGAUAUUAUUGACAGUUGUAGAAUAUGAGGUGAAAAAGGGAAGGUAUUUCGGCACGAACGGGAGUGCACUUUGUUGGUGCAAGAAAAAUUCCCUUCUGAAUUCCUGUUGGUGAGUGCAGGUUAUGUGAGCAUCGAAACGCGUCAUUAUUCAUCGUUUUUCUUGCAUAUUGGCCAGGAUGGGCCAAGGUACGGAUACCUGUACAGAUAGGCCUGCUGAAGUUAGCGUCAUCAAAUUCGUGUCUAGGAAUCGUACCAUUGAAGAAAUAGCCCCAAAAAAGGAAGUAUAUACUUGUAAACAACGAGGUUGUGGCAAGACAUUUACUAAUCAAGAUGAAUAUAAAACACAUGAAGCCCUUGAGGCUUUAAAAAUUAGGUUUAUUUGUCGAGAGCCAGGAUGUGGAGAAGAACUCUCUGAUCCUGGAAGUAUGUGGCGCCAUUAUCAAGAAUGGCAUAAUAAUGAAACAAAUGUAUUUAUAUGUCCAUACACAAAUUGUGGAUCUUUACAUACAACUAGUAUCAGUCUAGAAGAACAUAUCGAAAACUGCCAUAGACAGCCACCAACAUUGCCAACUGAACCAGAAGUAAUAUGCUUUGAAGAUCCUGAAAAUGUAAUGGAUGAGGAAAUUGUACAAAGCACAGAAGAAUGUUAUGAAAAGAGAACAAAUGAAGCUUUUGGAAUGAAAGUAUGCCAAUAUGAUGAUAAUAAUGAGCAAAAUCUUCUUAGAGGUGAUAAUGUACAACAACAAAAAAACGAAAUCCCUCAUGAUCCAAAUACUACAAAUGAUAGUUCAAAGGAAGAUUAUUCUUCCACUAGUGAGUCACUAAAUGAAGCUGGUACAUUUCCUAUAAAUGAAAAUUUAAUUCUAAAUACAGAGAAUUUUCUAUCCAAAUAUGAGAGUAAUACAAGCAAAUGCCCAGAACUGCAAACUGAACAUUCCCAAGAAAAAACUAAUGUAGUUUAUGUAAAUGGUGAUAUUACCAUUACAAAAAAUACAAAAAAUGAAAUAUGUAGUACGAAUCCAAGAAAUCAAGAGCAUAGAAUUGAAUUAGAUAAUUUAGAAAGAAUCUUCAGAAAUGAACUCGAUCAUGAUAUUCCAAAAACUGAAGAAAUUACUAUAGAAACGAACAGUAAUUGUUCAGAUGAUGAAGAAUAUACUCCAAAAAAACAACGUAUGUCUAGGUAUAAGCAAGAAAUUUACAAAUGUGCAGUUAAUGGUUGUGGGAGAAAAUAUAAAUACAUAUCCCAUUAUCGUCAUCAUCAAGAUAGUCACAAAUUAGCAAAUAAUACAAUUAGCUCAAAUUCUAACAAAUCAAUAUUGAAAUUAAAACAAGGGAAAGCCUCAACAGUUAGUUUUUUCUUAUGUAAAAUUCCUGGCUGUGGGGCUCAAGUGAACAAUGUAACUGGUUUAUGGAAACAUUACCAGGACAAUCAUGCUAAUUCAAAACUGCCAAUAGUACAAGGAACUAAAAAUAAUGAAUCAUUUCGUUGCAAAAUUCCUGGGUGUGAAACAGAGUUUAAUACUACCGUAAUGCUGUACAAGCAUUUCACUGAAGUACACUCAAAUAGCACUGGCAAUAAUGCUAGCAUAAAUACAAAGACUGGGAAUGGGAGUAGUUUUCAUUAUACUGAAAUAUUUAAAGAUGAUACUACUAACCCACAAGCAAAUUUUAAGACUGACUUUAAAGCAAAGAAUAAUAUUAAUGUAAAUGACUGUACAAUAAGUACUAAUGAUCAAAGAUCACCAUCACUUGUUAAGAAGGAGGCACGGGAUUGACUUGAGAUAAGUUGGUAUCGUAAAUGUGAGGGUAAAUAAUUGUAGCAAUGAAUCAGAGUACUUUACUGGGGC